GCCUCCCCGCACCUGCUCCACGAGGGGCCUGGAGGCUCACAGGGCUUGGAGACAAUGGGGCAGGACCAGACGAAGCAGCAGAUUGAGAAGGGACUGCAGCUUUACCAGUCCAACCAGACGGAGAAGGCGCUGCACGUGUGGAUGAAGGUAUUGGAAAAGAGCUCCGACCUGGUGGGCCGCUUCCGUGUGCUGGGCUGCCUAGUCACCGCCCACUCCGAGAUGGGCCGCUACAAGGAGAUGCUGAAGUUUGCCGUGGUCCAGAUCGACACAGCCCGGGAGCUGGAGGACGCUGACUUCCUCUUGGAGAGCUACCUGAACUUGGCCCGCAGCAAUGAGAAGCUGUGCGAGUUCCACAAGACCAUCUCCUACUGCAAGACCUGCCUUGGCCUGCCAGGCACCCGGGCCGGAGCCCAGCUUGGAGGCCAGGUCAGCCUGAGCAUGGGCAAUGCCUUCCUGGGUCUCAGCCUCUUUCAGAAGGCCCUGGAAAGCUUCGAGAAGGCCCUGCGCUAUGCUCACAACAAUGACGAUGCCAUGCUUGAGUGCCGCGUCUGCUGCAGUCUGGGCAGUUUCUACGCCCAGGUCAAGGACUAUGAGAAAGCUCUGUUCUUCCCCUGCAAGGCAGCGGAGCUCGUUAACGACUAUGGCAAAGGCUGGAGCCUCAAGUACCGGGCCAUGAGCCAGUACCACAUGGCCGUGGCCUAUCGCCUGCUGGGCCACCUGGGCAGCGCCAUGGAGUGUUGUGAGGAGUCCAUGAAGAUCGCAUUGCAGCAUGGGGACCGGCCGCUGCAGGCCCUUUGCCUGCUCUGCUUUGCUGAUAUCCACCGGAGCCGUGGUGACCUGGAGACGGCCUUCCCCAGGUACGAGUCUGCCAUGAGCAUCAUGACCGAGAUUGGAAACCGCCUGGGCCAGGUGCAAGUGCUGCUGGGUGUGGCCAAAUGCUGGAUGGCCAGGAAGGCACCCGACAAGGCUCUGGAUGCCAUCGAGAAAGCCCAAGACCUGGCUGAGGAGGUGGGCAACAAGCUGAGCCAGCUCAAGCUGCACUGCCUGAGUGAGGGCAUCUACCGUGGCAAGGGGCUACAGCGGGAGCUGCGGGCACACGUGGUACGCUUCCAUGAGUGCGUGGAAGAGACAGAGCUCUACUGUGGCCUCUGCGGCGAGUCUAUCGGCGAGAGAAAUAGCCGGCUCCAGGCCCUGCCCUGCUCCCACAUCUUCCACCUCCGGUGCCUACAAAACAAUGGGACCCGGAGUUGUCCCAACUGUCGCCGCUCCUCCAUGAAGCCUGGCUUUGUAUGACGUCAGUGGUGAACACUGAACUUUCGCCUCCAGCGCCAUCUCCCCAGAGGCUGCUGGCUGUUUUGGGGGCAGCCACCUGGAGUCGGGGCCUCCCCAGGGCAGCCAGAGCCCUGAGGCCUGCCCCUUGCAGACCUCCUGUGUACCUCACUGCCCUUUGUGCCCCUUUGGACUUUGUUCUUUAUAGAAAAAUAAACCAAAGCCUGCACUUGG